UUAAUUAAUGUGAGAGAAUUUUUUUUUUAUGUUUUCAUUCAUAUUUGUCGUGAUCUAAAUUCUAUUUAUUUAUAUGUGAUUUAAAAAUUUGAUUAAUAAUACAAUUGUAUAUACACGAUGUUCUACUUAAAGUAGAGAAUUCAUAUAUAGGUUAUCUAUCUAUAAUCUGUGGAUACAUAAUAUUUUGAUGUUAUUAUGAAUUACUCAAAAAUUAAAAUGAAAUUGAAAGAAGGAUUUCGACAAUUAAUAAAGAUAAGGAGAUUUUGUACGCAGUUUAAAAACUUAACAGAAAAGGACAUUGAAGAUACAAAAUUGCAUAUGCCAGAACCAGAAUAUAAUAUAAAAUUUUUAUGCAAUCCUUUAAAUCGUGAAUAUAUUAUAAAUAAUGUGAAAAAGCGAAAGGGAAUUGGUAACAUAGAUAAAGUUCUUGAACUAUCUAAGCAAACAGAACAACGUGAAAUGUUUUUAAAUGAAUUAAGUAAAAUACCAAAUGAUACAGAUUCAGUUGUAUUUAAAUAUGGAAAUACACCACACAAAUUAAAACUAUGUGGAUCUAAGCCUGUAUUUAAUUUUGAGCCAAAAGAAUUUUCUUAUUUAGCUAAGAAGUUAAAACUUAUGAGGACAAAAGGAUUGGGAUCUUUAAUGGGAAGUCGAUGUUAUAUAUUUCAAGGUGAAUUGGCUGAAUUAGAAAAUGCUCUUAUCAAUUAUACAGUAAAAAAGUUAAUUAAACAUGGAUUUCAACUUGUGUCUGUACCGGACAUCAUACCAACUGAAGUCAUAAAAAGAUGUGGGUUGCUAACAGAUGGUCCAAGAACACUUAUAUAUAAUUUGAGUAAAAAUUAUGGAGAUGAUUACAGUUUGUCAGGAACAGCUGAGAUGUCAUUAGCUGCAAAGUUGAUAAAUUCUAAAUUUUCUUAUAAAGAUUUACCAUUAAAAAUGGCAGCUAUUAGUAGAUGUUAUAGAGCAGAAAUAUCAAGCCUUAUACAUGAAAAAGGAAUAUAUAGGGUUCAUCAAUUUACCAAAGUUGAAAUGUUUGUUUGCUCUGAACAAAACAAAUCUUUAGAAAUAUUUCAAUAUUUACAAAAUAUACAGGAAGAUUUAUUCUCUUCUCUAGGAUUACAUUUUCAAAUACUUGAUAUGCCAGCUCAUGAAUUGGGUGCUUCUGCUUAUAGGAAAGUAGAUAUGGAAGGUUGGAUGCCUGGAAGAAAACUAUUUGGUGAAUUGUCAAGCUGUAGUAAUUGUACAGAUUAUCAGUCUCGCAGAUUAAAUAUAAAAUAUCAAUCACAUAAUGGCGAAUAUAUUCAUGUUCAUACGUUAAAUGGUACAGCGUGUGCAAUACCUCGUAUGAUAAUUGCAUUAUGUGAAACUCAUCAAACCGAACAUGGGCGUAUUAAAAUUCCGGAACCAUUGAUACCAUUUAUGAACGGUAAAACAUUAAUACGAAAACAAUCAAUUGCAUCAACAAGCAUAUAUAAAUAAGAGUUCAGAAAAGUGGUAUAAUUGAUAUUGUUACAUUGUUACAGUUUAAGUUAUAAGAGAAGAACUUGCUUAUGAUAUAUAUAAAUCCUUAAAAAUAUAAAAUUAAUAAAAUACAUGAAAAAUUAA